GAUAUAUACAACAUCUUCAUUUAGUGCAACAUAGUCACCAGUCCGUAUUCUGUCUGCCGAUGUGUUUAAGAGUGGCUCUAUCAUGAGCUUACACUAGCUUCUCUGAUGUUGGAGCGCGUUACAAGCAGCAAUACUGACCAAUAUGUCUAUCGAUAACAGUGAAGACACAAUCUCAUGCCGAAGCCGCCAGGCUCGGCAGAGGCUCGCUGAUAUCAUCAACUAUCUCACUAACAUCGAGGCCCAGCCCUCGAGUGCACAAGAGGUCAAUAUUUCGUCAUCAAACGUGGAAGAUGUUCUGGGAAAGUUCGAUAUGUGGGCAGGCAAUCUUGGCGCCUUGCGAUCUCCGGAAACCAAACUUUCUCUGGAUCAACGUCUUGCUAUCGACCCUGAAAUCAGAGGCCAGAUCUGUGUAGACUGGGACGAGCUCCUAGAAACACUCGACGAAUUGACGUCUGCGCUUCAGGCGGGAGAUUACGAUAAGCAAGAGGAUGAUUUCAGUCAAGAUUCCCAUGAUGAGGCGGAGGAGAGUGCCAGCGAUGAAGAAAAGAUCUGAGACAACAUCUGCAAAGCAUCUGAUCCGGACGACCCAAACGGAGAAGAAGAUCUGGAGGAAUUGGAUUCGGAAGACGCCAUAAACGAGGCCAAAAUUCUUCUGGAUGUCAUCAACGAGUACCUCAAAUCUUUUUUCCGGGUUGGGAUGCUCAUUCGAAACACCGGCACUCGUAAUCGUUUUGAUCACGCUCUUCAAGUCUCGACUGAUCGCUUUGCAGACUUUGCAGACAUAGACUACCUAAGACACAAGUCACCCAAACUCAGUCGCGUCGGAGAGAAAUGGCUUCUCAAUCGGCUUGGGAACUCCAAUACCAAAAGGAGACAGGUUUUGAAGUACUAUCGGGACCACAAGAAUAGACUGGCCGCCGACGGGGUCCACGACCAGGAUCUUGCACCCACUUUACUCCGGUCAAGUAAAGCAACUACUUUUGUUCCCCAGCCAAGGCAGCAGCAGGAUUUUGACGAGGAUGACAAUGACGACGACGUUAUCUCUUUGGCUAGUGUCUCGACCAUGAGCAGUGCCCUUGCAACACUUAGAUUGCCGCGACUUUCUGAACUUUCGCCAGAGGGUGAUCCAUUCGAAUGUCCAAUCUGCUUCGUUUUGCAAUCUUUCAAAAAAGAAAAAUCUUGGAAGAGCCAUGCAUUCCGAGAUCUCAAAGCCUACACCUGCACUGCAGGCCAGGAGUGCAAAGACCUGCUCUUUAGCGACCGGAAUACUUGGUUCGAGCACGAGCUUCAUUACCACCGCUCCUCCUACAUGUGUUUGAUAUGCUCAGGAGUCUCGUUGCCAACGUAUGAGGACCUUGAGAAGCACUUCCUCCAAAUUCACCCAGAUCUGCCCAGAGACCAGAUCCUUGGCUUUAUCGAGCAGGGCAGACAACCUCUCAAAUACCACAAUGCGCGGGAGUGUCCAUUUUGUGACGAUUGGGCAGAGCAUAUCCUAAUCAAACAGGAUCCUAAAGGAAAGGAUAUCCAGGGGCAAGAGGGCGAAGUCAGGGUCAGUGGAAGCCGUUUCAGGAGACAUGUCGCCGCGCACCUGGAGCAGCUUGCCAUAUUUUCCAUGCCUCGUGCGACAGAAGACCAUAAUAUAGAUGGCGAACAAGCUAGCGGAGCUGGCAGCCCCCGGUCAAGAAUCGACGCUGGGCAGAUGUCUCAAGUCGAUUUGUCCGACACGGAGUCUCCGACAACAGCAGAUGACAAAGACACAUGGGGUGAAAGAAUAGGUGGAGCUGACAGCUCCGGAUCAAUACGCGAAAUCAGGCAAGGCUCUGAGUUCGAUGGUUUAAAUGAGUUAGAUACGGAGCGUAUACAUAGGAUAGCAGUUUGGCUUAAAUCUCCCCCUGUCUUUGAACUAGAUCGUUUAUAUAAGUUUGAUAGCAGAACCAAACAACCCAACGAUGGGUAGCGACAGAUCAGGCGGGCAUGAUCGCUGUACCUACUUCUGCACCAAUAUGGACUGAGGGCGAUCACCACUGGGGAAUGGAUUUUCCAACAAGUGUUGCAG